AUGGAGCAGCCCCCGGACGGCUCCGAGCGCGGCGGGGGCUGGCUGGGCGCGCUGCGCUUCGACAACCUGGCGCUGCGCUCGCUGCCCGUGGACGCCUCGGAGGAGGGCGGCCCGCGGGCCGUGCCCGGCGCCUGCUUCGCGCGGGUGCGGCCCAGCCCGCUGCACAACCCGCGGCUCGUGGCCAUGUCGCUGCCGGCGCUGGCGCUGCUGGGGCUGGAGCCUCCCGCGACCGACCCGGAGGCGGCGGAGGCCGAGGCCGCGCUGUACUUCAGCGGGAACCGGGUGCUGGCGGGCGCGGAGCCCGCGGCGCACUGUUACUGCGGGCACCAGUUCGGCAGCUUCGCGGGGCAGCUCGGCGACGGCGCCGCCAUGUACCUGGGCGAGGUGCUGGGCCCGCGGGGCGAGCGCUGGGAGAUCCAGCUCAAGGGCGCCGGCAUCACCCCCUUUUCCCGACAAGCUGAUGGUCGGAAGGUCCUGCGGUCGAGCAUACGGGAGUUCCUGUGCAGCGAGGCGAUGUUUCACCUGGGAAUACCAACAACGAGGGCUGGGACAUGUGUGACGUCUGACUCAAAAGUCGUCCGUGACAUAUUUUAUGAUGGGAAUCCAAAAAAUGAAAGGUGUACUGUUGUUCUGAGAAUAGCCUCCACAUUUUUAAGGUUUGGUUCGUUUGAAAUUUUUAAACCUCCUGAUGAAUACACUGGACGCAAGGGUCCCAGUGUUAACCGAAAUGAUAUUCGAAUACAGAUGCUUGAUUAUGUGAUCAGCACUUUCUACCCAGAAAUCCAGGAGGCUUAUUCAGAUAACAAUAUUCAGAGGAAUGCUGCGUUCUUCAGAGAGAUAACCAAACGAACCGCGAGAUUGGUGGCUGAAUGGCAGUGUGUUGGGUUUUGCCAUGGUGUGCUGAACACAGAUAACAUGAGCAUUGUGGGACUGACCAUUGACUACGGCCCUUUCGGAUUCAUGGACAGGUAUGACCCUGAGCACAUUUGCAAUGGUUCUGAUAAUACAGGGCGCUAUGCUUACAACAGACAGCCAGAGGUUUGCAAGUGGAACCUGGGGAAACUUGCUGAAGCUCUAGUUCCAGAGCUGCCUUUGGAAAUAAGUGAACUCAUCCUGGAAGAGGAAUAUGAUGCAGAAUUUGAGAAACAUUAUUUGCAGAAGAUGAGGAAAAAACUAGGCCUAAUCCAGCUGGAAUUAGAAGAAGAUAGUAAGCUAGUAUCUGAACUCCUCGAAACCAUGCAUCUCACAGGUGGAGACUUCACAAAUAUUUUCUACUUGCUGAGUUCAUUCUCAGUAGACACCGAUCCUUCAAAAUUUGAAGAUUUCUUAGAAGAGCUUACAAGUCAGUGUGCUUCUGUGGAAGAACUGAAAGUUGCUUUCAAACCACAGAUGGAUCCAAGACAACUGUCAAUGAUGCUGAUGUUGGCUCAGUCUAAUCCACAGCUGUUUGCAUUAAUUGGAACAAAAGCUAACAUAAAUAAAGAGUUAGAACGCAUUGAUCAAUUCUCUAAACUGCAGCAGUUAACAGCCGCUGAUUUACUCAGCAGGAAUAAAGGACACUGGAAGGAAUGGCUGGAGAAAUACAGAGUCCGUUUGCAGAAGGAAAUAGAAAGUGUUGGUGAUGCUGAUGCCUGGAACACUGAUCAUGUGAAGGUCAUGAAUUCAAACAAUCCAAAAUAUAUCUUGAGAAAUUAUAUUGCCCAAAAUGCCAUAGAAGCAGCUGAAAAUGGGGAUUUCUCAGAGGUAAGAAAUGUACUGAAACUUUUAGAGCAUCCAUUCCAAGAAGCAGAGGGUUUCAGGGAGGUAAAGGAAGAUGCAGAAGAGGAGGGAGCAACUGCUACAGCAGCUGCUUGUGCUGAAGAGACCAGAAGCAGACUACCAUAUUGCAGCAAACCUCCGCUUUGGGCUUCAGAACUCUGCGUUACAUGAUCUUCAUAACUGCCUUGUUUUGUUUUUUGCUGUGAACUGAAGACUCUGAUCCUCCUUCAGCAGUGAAGAAUUCAGCAAGGCAAACGUCAAAGUGCUAUUAAGUUAUUGAAACAACCCUACAUUUGGAUGCAUCUGCAGCGCUCUUCAGCUGUGCUUAAGUUGAAGCAAGUGUUUAUCAUUGGAACAAACCCAUGACAAUUAACAGUUCCUAUAAAUCAGUAAUCUAAAUGUUUUGAAACUGAAAGUCUUUCCUUUAUCCAUACUACAUCACAAGUAUAAAGCAGUGUUUUAUGCUGAGACAGGCUGAAUUUUGAACAUCCAAAUGCAGUUGUUGUUAUGUGAAGACAAAACCAGCAAGUCAGGAGUCUGAUCUGGUUUUGUCUGAUGUCUUAACUAAUAGUACUUCUAGUAUUUAUUUACUGCUUUCUCUAUGCAGGGACUUUUAGUCCUCUUUAAUGGAGGAACAGAUUCAGUGUUGCUUGUUUGAAGCUAUGUUUCAUUUAAUUAAGUAGUUCAUUUCUUGUGAACCUUCAGAUUGGUAUUUAAUCAUUAUCUAUUUUCAGAGAAUUUUUGCAGGGCAGGCUCAAGUUUGGGGGGAGGAAUUUUUUUUUUAAGAGCAGAAUUAAGGGAGUUUAUAUACAUUUGCACUUGAAAACUUGGUGGUGAAGUUUAUUCAGGUUCAGUAUGUUGCAUACAAUGCACGUAAAUAUUUACUAAACUCACGAGCGCAGUUUGUAAGCCAAUUGCCUCGGGCGGGAUCCAUUGGCCAAAUUAGUAUGAACCUUAAACUACCCCAGCACUCAAAUCCAGGUUCACUGUGUAUUUAUUUCUGGGCUUCUCAGUCUCCCUGUAUGAGAAGCGUGUAGGUGGGAUACCUGCUCAUCACACUGGUCAGUGGGAUUCUUCCAUUCCCAGUCUAGUCUUGCACCUUUGGUUUAUUUACAUGGUCUUUGAAAAAUCUUUAAUUUGGAAGUUGCCAUUCAGAAGUGUGCUAUUUGAGCUUGUGUGAAAGAUGAUGGAGGAUGUGGGAAGAGAACAGGAGCUGACUUGCUUUCAGGUUACUUAUUGGUAAUGUUUCAGCUGAGGUUUCAGGGGAAAGUUGGUUGCCAUUAGUGCCACAUUAGCAAAAGAGACUUGUUCUGUAAUUAGUUGUUACUUACCUUUCUGAACUUCUUUCUGAAAGGCUGGUUCAGAUACCUGCAAAGUUUGGUUUAAUGCAAAGACUACUCUUUUCCAAAGAGACCACUGUCUUACACUGUGAUUUAUGUGUACUCAAGUAACUUCUUCCACUACCCCUGUGCAAGCUUGGCAUUAGCUCAGGUAGAAUUGUGCUCUUUUAAGUCUUCCUCAAUACAAGCUGUCAAAAAACAGGGAGAACAGUUGGACUGCUGCUUAUCUGUCUGUAUUAAUAAUCAGUUUGUCCUCCUUGCUGCUGCAAUAUGUAGAAAAUGUUUUGCAUGUGAACACUCGCUCUGUCCUGCCUUCAGGCUGAAGAAACUGAUUUGUGACAAACUAGAAUCUCUGGCAAGCACAGCACUUUCUGUGAGGUUUCGAAGGUGUAUUUACAUAGCCCACAGAAGAAUGGUUCAGUUGAAAGAGGAAGCACCUCGAAGAAGUAGGCAGUAAGUAAUGCCAGCCAGUGCAGCUGAUCAUCUUCUAGAGUGGAACCUAAGAAGAGGGAACCAAAUCAUUUAAUGUAAACUUCUAGCAGAAAGUCAGGGCUGGGUAAAAAGGACUGCACCAGGGAGGGAAAGUGUGCCAGCAGUUUGAAAGAGACUUCAAACAUUUCCCUGCAGAAUUAGUGUUCUCUUAUGGUGUGCCUGGUUCAGAAGGGAGUUAAUGGAUUAGAAGACGUUGCUCGAAGCUGAUUGACAUAAGAUAACUCUGGGCUAAUUAUGCUUCUCAAUUUAUGUCCUUCCUUGUGGGAGGCAGAGGGGAACAGAGUUCUAGAGAAGCUCUGUCCAAGCUUUUGGCUUAACAGAGUGGUCUAAAAUGUAAUGAUUCUUAACCAUACCUAAGGGAUAAAGUCUUAAGGCAUUCUGAUAAUAAUUUAGGGACAUUGAGUAGAUAUGUAUUAAUAGUGGUAUGGAGAAGGAGAACAAUAUUAUAACUGUUUGGACAUAGGAGAAUUUUAAUUAACUACCAAAUUAUUGUCACCUAUAAUGCCAAAAUCAUGGAAAGAGAUACUUUGAAAUAAUUUACUAGCAAUUUUAUCCUUAAAAAGGAAAAUGAAUCCUACAGCGAGAAACAAAAAUGUUAUGGUGUUUGCUGUUAAAUAGAUUCUUUGCUUACGUGUGUAGAUCAAGUGUAAUAGGUCUAGCAAGAUUGAAAUCAUAGAAUUAACUGGGUUGGAAGAGACCUAUGAGAUCAAGUCCAACCCUAAAUGAUGGAUGCAGCACUCUGGUAUGGCUGAUUUCGUGUGCAACUUACUGAAGUUGUAUUUGUUGUAGAUGUUCACCAACAGAUAGAAAUAUGGAGCGUGUUCACAUAAUCUAACAGCACUGACAUCCUUGAGCAUCCACUGAAAACUGCUCAGUUUCCCAGUGCAUGCAGUAACAUCAGUGCUUUGUAUUUGAAGAAGUGUGAUGAUCCAAAGCCAAGUGGAAUGCUUGUGCUCUUCCAGCACUCUCAUUUCAGAAGGCAGUUCAUAGUUUCAUCUCUGAUGAUAGUUCCUUCUCUUCUUGUUCCUGGAGCAGUGUGGAAGCAAGAGGUUGUUCAGGACAAUUAGACCAAAUUUUGUCCAAGUAAGAACUUUAUCUCUUAGCACAGUUCUUCAGAGAAAAGGGAAUACAGCUUACAGCAUUUGAGAGUCUAAAUACUUGAAUCAUAAAUUGUUUUUUUUAUUUUUGCAGCUUGUAUUUGCAAUAGAUAAACCUGAAAAUAAUAUUUCUUACUGGUCAAAGAUUCUACUUGUAUAAAAGCCAUGGAGUUUGUCAGGUGCACUCUUUGCUGGGUUAAGAACUGGCUGGACGGCUGGGCAGAGAAUGGUGAUGAAUUGUGAUUGACAGCAGGCUGAACAUGAGCUGAACAUGAGCCAGAGUGUGCCCAGGUGGCCAAGAGGGCCAAUGGCAUCCUGGCCUGGAUCAGGAAUAGUGUGGCCAGCAGGACCAGGAGAGCGAUUCUGCCCCUGUACUCAGCACCAGUUAGGCCACACCUUGAGUACUGUGUCCAGUUCUGGGCCCCUCAGUUUAGGAAGGAUGUUGAGGUGCUGGAGAGUGUCCAAAGGAGGGCAAUGAGGCUGGCAAAGAGUCUGGAGCACAAUUCCUAUGAGGAGUGGCUGAGGGAGCUUUAUUUAGCCUGGAGAGGAGGAGGCUCAGGGGAGACCUCAUCACUCUACAACCACCUGAAAGGAGGUUGUAGCCAGGUGGGGGUUGGUCUCUUCUCCCAGGCAGUCAGCAGUAGGACAAGAGGGCAUGGUCUUAAGCUGUGCCAGGGGAGUUUAGGCUGGACAUCAGGGAGAAGUUCUUCACAGAAAAAGUGAUUGGGCAUUGGAAUGGGCUGCCUAGGGGGAUGGUAGAGUUCCCAUCCCUGAAGGUGUUUAAGAAAAGACUGGAUGUGGCACUUAAUGCCAUGGUCUAGUUGACAAGGUCGUGUUCAGUCACAGGUUGGACUCUGAUCUUUUCCAGCCUAGAUGAUUCUGUGAUUCUGAGCUGUGCUCAAAAUGAAGUGGUGACUCUUCUUAUCAACAGUUUUCUGUGGAAAUACUUUAUGUAAGACAGCCUGUAGCUAUGUAUGUGAACUACCCUUGCAUAAAAACAAGUGGUACCCAGAUUGUUAAACUGAAACCUCUUGGAUAUUUGUGUCUGGGUAGCCUUGUAUGGUAGUGGGGCUCCUUUUGUGACUUGGUAAGAUUUCACUGUAACUCUGCUUCAUGAGGUUGUGAAUCUACAAUUGCCAAAUGUUUUACUGUCAGCUCUUACUUUGGAAUGUUUUGUGGGUUGUUUUGGAUUUGGGGUUUUUUGUUUGUUUGUGGGGGUUUUUUUCCCCAGUAAGUGCUACAGAUUUGAUUCUUUUAUUAAAAAUAAUAAAACUUGCAAUUUUAA